AUGAGAGGAAGAUCUAUCCAUAAUUAGUAACCUUUUUAAAUGAGAUCACCACAAAGAGCAAUAUCUCCAGUGAUACAAAUUGUUCCUUAAACCCCUUAAAUUAUGAAUUUUGAUAUUGUUAUAAAUCUGAAAUUGGAAAAAGUAUUGAUGAGUUUUGAAAUACAAAGAUUAAAUUCUGUAUUAUUAGAUGUAGAAAAAAAAAGAAUUGCAUUGAAAAAUUAGAAGUAAAUUAAAAUAUAAGAUUUAAGUUAAAAACUCUUAGAGAGAGAACAAAUAAUGCUUCUCGAAAUAUCAAAUUAAAAAUAACUAAUAAAUGAUUUACAAUAAAAAGAAAAAAACAAUAGAGAUAAAUUAUAUUAGAUAUAAAGAUCUGUUACAAUUUAAGAAAAUCAAUAAAGAGUAUAUUUUGCAUUAAUUUUCAGGAUCAUUUAAUGAACGAUUAAUUAAAGAAGUUAUAAGGAGAAAAUGUGUUAUUAGAAUAAAAAAUAUCAUACUUAUUGGGAGUAAAUCAAUUAUAAAGUAAAAAUAAUAAUCUAAUAUUAUAAAAUUCUGGAAGUUCCAAUAGUGUAAAGGAUAAUUUUUUACCAUAAAACUUAUAAAUUGCGUUUGAGAAUUUACAAAACAAUAUAAUUUAACUUAAGAAAGGUAAUUUACUAUAAAAUAAAUAUGCUAAUGCAUUAACAAUGUUUUCUGAAUUAAUAAAUUCUCAUAAUAAAUUACUAAAAUAAUAGGAAAAUAAUAAUGAUAAAAAUGAAGUUGAAUAACAAUAAAUCUAGAUAUAUUUAACUUCAAUAAAUUAAGAUAUAGAAGCCUUGAAAUAAUAUGAAACUCCUAAAGCUGUUAGAAGAAUGCUAAAUAAUUAAAGUCCUACAAAAUUUAAAUCUUUAUCUCCAUCAAUGAGUACUGGAGAAGUGUUUUCAAAAAUUAUUAGUCAUCUAGAACAUCUUUAGUUAGAUGGUAACAAUAUCCCAACAAUUAUAAAAUAAAUUUCUUUAUUAAAUUCACUCGUAAGAUUAAAGAAUUAAGAUUUAAAACUUAUAGGAUCAAAUAAUAAAUUAAGAUCUUCGCCUAUUCAUUAUUCUGCUGAAAGAUUAAAUACUAGUGUAAGAGUAUUGACACCAGUCAAAUAUGUCAGUCCAAUAAGAAUUUCUCCUAUUAGAAGUCAUACAUUUCAUUCCAAUGUUGGAAUUCCUUAAAAAAUUCAAAUUAUUCAUUCUAAUAAACCUGAUAAAGCAUUUAUUGAUUUUAAUUCUUAACAAAUAAAAGAAUAAUUAAAAUCUAAAUAUUUACAGAAUGAAUAAUUAAAUGCUAAUGUAGAAAAUUAAUUUUGGAAAUAAAAAUAUGAAGAAGAAAUUGAAAAAUAAAAAAAAAGAUUUCAAGCUGAAAGUCCAGAAUCUUAGCUAUUAGAUCAAAUUAAAAAGAAUUAAGAAUUAUUAUCAUAUAUUAACUUAAUGCAAAAUGAUCUUCAUUAAUAAGAAUUAUAAAAUGAGUUAGAAUUAUAAAAAAAAUAGGAUGAUAUUAUUAAAUUAAUGGAAACCUAAAGUUAAUAAUAACAAUAAAAACUACAUCUACAAAACUAAAUUGAUGAUCUUUUAUAAAAUGAUUUAGAAAAUAAAAAAUCUAAAUAAAAUAUGAUAAUUAAAUUACAAUAAAAUGAUGAAGAGAUAGAAAGAUUAAAAAAUAGAAUUAACUUGUUAUAAUUAAUGUCUAAAUAAUAAGAUAAUUUGAGAAUUUAACUUUGCGAACCUCUUUUAAUUGAAAAAAAUUUCAAUCAAGUAGAUUAACAGGAUCUUUUAUAAGAAAAAAAUUUAGAACUUUAAGAAAAAAUUAUAGAUCUUUAAGAUUAAUUGAAUAAAAUAAAUUCUUAACCAAAAAAAACUAAAUAAAAUCUUAUUUAAACAGAGAUAAGUGAUCCUGAAAAAGCAAUAAAAAUUAGUCAAUUAGAACAAGAGAAUUAAAAAUUGAAGUUUUAAUUAAAAGAAAUUGAAUUAUAGAGAAAAGAUGAUCUUAAAGAAUUUUAAUAAAUGAUUGGAAAUGGAGUCUCAUAAUAAAAUAUAAUAAAUAUUAUGACUCAAAAAUAAUAACUUUAAGAAAAUUUCAGAGUUCAGUAGAAUAAGAUUGAUGCUUUAUAAUAAAAUUAAAUUAGAUUAUAAACUGAAUUAAUAAUUAAGGAUAAAAAUUAAACAGAUUUAGAAUUAUAAUUGUAAAAUCAAUAAAAUCCUACUUAGAUUUAAGAUUAAACUCUUUUACUUAAUCAAAUUAAUAAUUUACAAAUAAAAUUAGAUGAAGCUAAACAAUAAUAUUAGGAAUUACUAGAAACUUUGUCAUAAAAUUUAACACCAAAUGGACUGAAAGAGAAAAUUUUAUAAUAAUAAGCUAUUAUUCAUGAACAAAACAAUUAAAUUAGUAUUUUGUCUGAAAAAAUAGAAUAAUAAAUUCCGUAUUUAUAAGGAUAGUUAGCAGUUGCAAACGAGAAAGUCUAGAAUGCAGACUAGAAUAUUAUUUAAUAGGAUAAAAGAUUUAAUGAUUUGUUAAAUAAUAAGUAAAAUUAAAAUAAUCCUUAAUAAUAAAUAUCUGAUGAGGAUUUUAAAGAAGUUAUUGAAAAAAACUAAGAACUUGAAAAAGAAAAUCGAGAGUUACAAUAAAAGUUUAAAGAAUAACAAAUUGAAUUAGAAUAAUAAAAUCUUUUAAAAGAUGAGAUAUAAGAAAAUAUUAGAGAAUAAAAAUUAGUUAAGUAAUUAAACUAAAUUCAAUAAGAUUAAAUAAAAGAAUAGUAAUCUAAAAUUAAUAAAAUGAUAGAAAAAGAAUUAAAAUUCACCCAAGAAAUUGAGGAAUUAAGAUUUAAACUACAUAAUUACCAAGAACCAAAUAUUUAAGAAAUUUAAAUAUCUUAAAAAGAUGACAUUAUUUAAAAUUAAAAUAGUGACUCUAAUCUUUAAAUUUUAUAAUUGUAAGAAGAAUUAAAUUAAAUGAGAAAUUAAAAUUAAUUAAAAGAAAAUGAAUGUAAAAAUCUUUAAAUUUUACAUCUUGAAAAUGAGGAAUUGAGAACAAAACAAACCUAAUUAUAUAAUCAAAUUAUUUAAUUAUAAAAUUAAAUUGAAUAAUUAGAGUGCAUCAAACCAUCAUUAUAAUAUGAUCCUAAUGAUUAAAAAAUAAAAUUUGAGACUGAUCCAGAAAAAUCUUUAGCUUUGAGUUAAUUAUAAUAAGAAAAUUAAUUACUAAAAAACUAAAUGUAAGAAUUAGAAGAUUAACGUACUGAAGAUAUAAAAAAGUUUUAGGAAAUGAUAGAGGAUAGUGAAAAUAAAUAAAAUAUCAUAGAACUUUUACAAUCCAAAUAAAUACUUCAACAAUAAUUAAGAAAUUUACAAAAUUAAUUAGACAAAACAUUGUAAGAAUAAAUAUUGCUUUAAGGACUACUAUUUAAGAAAAAUAAAUAAAUUGUUGAACUUUAAUCAAAUUAAAAUGAUGAUGAAAUCAAAAAAUAAUUUGAAAAUUAAAAGUCAAUUAUAGAAGAAUUCAAAGAUAAACUUCAAUAAUCUAAGAAUUAGUACUAAGAACUUUUAGAGAUUUCAUCAUAAAAUUUAACACCUAAUGGAUAAAGAGAAAAAUUGUUAUAAAAUGCAAAUUAAAUACACGAAUAAUAAUAGUAGAUUUAAUAAUUGCAUCAUUAAUUAGAAAAUGAAGUUCCAUAAUUAUUAGGAGAAUUAGCUCAAUUCAAAUAAAAACAUAAUGAUUCUUAAACUGAAAUAAAAUUAUUAAUGGAAAGUUAUUAAAACUUAUUAAAUUAAAGAUCUUAGAAUUUACAAUAAUUAGAUUAAUUUAAUGAUUAAAGUUAUUCGACAAUUAAAAAUAUUAAUUUGUAAGAUACGAAUUUAUCUGGAGAAAAACAAGAAAAUAAAAAAAAUGAUCAAACAAAUAUCUCAGAUUAUUAAGAUGAUUUAAUAAGAAAGAAUAAUUUAUUAGAAUAAGAAAUUUUAUUGAUGUAGCAAUAAAAAAUUAAAUUUAUCUCUGAAUUAGAAGAUUUACAUUAAAAAAAUACUCUUAAAGAUUCAGAAAUUUUGAUUUUAAAAAACAAAGUUGCUGAAGAAAACACAGAAUUUUGGAAAGAAGAAUACACAAAGUUAGCAUCUUAAAUAAAGAAUAACAGCUAAAAUUAAAUUUUAGAGUCAGAGUAAAAUUAAAUUCAAAUCCUUUAAUAAUAAAACUAAAAACUAAAAAGUUAAAUUUUAGAAAUUGAAACAUAAAGAUAAGAGGAUUUAAAAAAAUUUUAGAAUGUUUUAGAAAAUGGAGAUUAAGGUAAUUAACUUUUGUAAUUAUUCUCAGAAAGGUAACAGCUUUAAUCAUCCUAAAGAUAAAUGUAAAAUAUAAUUGAUGAAUUAUAAUAAAAAAUAAAAUAGAAAGAUAAAUAAUUAAAUGAUUCUUAAGAUAGCUUAACAAUCUAAAAUUUAUGUUAUUAAAUUUAAGAGUUGUAAAAUUAAAAUUAAUUAUUUUAAAAAUAAUUACAAUUAUCUAAGGAAUAAUAUAGUUAGCUUUAAGAAUAAUCUGUGGUCAAUUUAAGUCCUAAUGAUUUAAAAGAAAAACUUUUACAAAAUAGCUAAACAAUUCACCAAUAAUAAGAAGAAAUUUUAAUAUUAAAAAAUCAAAUUUAGACUGAUCAAAUUAAAUCUACAGAUUAAUUAUAAUAAACAAAUCAAAAAUUAUAAAAUGCUCUUUAAGAAAUUUAAAAUUGGAAGGAAUCAAAUUUCAAUCUAUAAGAAAUCUAAUAGGAAAUACCUCAAAUUUAAAUUGAUGAAGAUUUAAUAAAAGAUAUGAAUUUGGAGUAAGCUUAACAGCAAUUAUAAUUAGUAGUAUAAAAUUAUAAAUAAGCUAACGAAUCAUAAUAGUAGGCUAAAAAUAUCAUAAAUGAAUAAAAAAAUUUGAUUAAUAAACAUGAAAAUUAAAUAAAAAAAUUACAAUAAUAAAAUUUAGAAAUCUAAUAAGAAAAUUAUUUAUUAAGAUAAUUAAAUUAAUCAUAAAUUAAUCAAAUAGAAAAAUUAAAUGACUCUAAUUAGACUUAAUGUUAAGAAAUUAUUGAUUAACAAAAUCAACAAACUGGAGAAAUAAAAAAAUAAAUAACAGAAUAAAAUUAAUAAGUAUUGAACAUACAUGAUUUAAAAAUUUUAAAUGAAUUAUUACAAAAAUAAUUAGAAAAUUAACUUGAUUAGAUAAAAAUAAAUAAGAUCGAACAUUAAGAAUAAUUGCUCUAAGCUUAAAACUAAAUAAAUGAUUUAUUAAAAAACUAAGUCAAGACAGUUUAAUCUUCAGAAUAAAUAUAAUUUUAAACAGAUCCAGAAAAACUUUUAUAAUUGAGUUAAUUAAAAUAAUAAAAUGAGUCUUUAAGAUUAUAAAUAGAAGAAUUAGAAUAAAAUCGUAAAAAGGAUCUAUAAAAGUUUUAAGAUAUGAUUGAAAAUGGAGUAAAUGAAAACUCAAUUGUUAUAUUACUUUCAGAAAAAUAAAAAUUAUAAUCAGAUUUAAGAGUAAUAUAAAAUAAACUUGAUUUAGUUUAAUAAGAAUAAUUAAUUUUAUAAAGUUAAUUGACUUAGAAAACAAAAUAACUAAUUGAUAUUCAUGAUGAUAUUAAGUAGGAUGAAACAAAAAGAAUGUAAUUAUAAUUAUAAAAUUAAAAUGAUAUUCUAAAAAAAUAAUUGGAUAAAACUAAAGAAUAAUAUCAAGAAUUAUUACAAAUCUAAUCAGAAAAUUUAACACCAAAUGGAUUAUAAGAGAAAAUUCUUUAGCAAACAAAAAUUAUUCAUAAUUUAGAAGAAAAGGUUUAAAAUCUUUAGCUAGAAUUAGAAAUAUAAUUACCUUAACUUUCUGGAGAAAUAACUUAAUUAAAAUUAAAAUUGAAAGAUGCUGUAACAGAUGCUUAAUUUUGGAAUAGUAAAUAUAAUGAGGUAAUACAAGUUUAGUAAGAAAAUUCAGAUGAUAAAAUUUAAUUAUUAUUAUUAUAAUUAGCUUAAUAAGAAGAAAAAAUUGAAAAAGAAAAACUAAAAUUUGAUUAAUUAUUAAAUGAAUAGUAUAACUAAUUGUCUCCAUCUUCAGCUUAAGCAAAACUUCUAAAAGCAUUAUAAUAAAUUGCUGAUUUAGAGGAGAAAUUAGAAAAAUCUGAAGAUUUGAAAAAUUAAUACUAAAAAUAGCUUAUAAAUUCAAAUUAAUUUAAUCAAAUUGAAGAAGAAUUACAAAGUUCUAAAAAAUAAGUUUAAAUGUUAGAAAAAGUUAAUGAAGUUUAAGUAUCUUAAAUUUAAUUUUAUAAAAAUUAACUUUCUGAAUAGAAUCAAAUAUCUCCAAAUUAAUAAAUUAUUGAGCAACUUUCAAUUGAGAAACAAAAAUCAGAAUUUUGGAAAAAAUAAUAUACAGAUAUAAUUAGUUAAUAACAGAUUUAAGAAAAUUUACAAUUUAAAAUAAAUUAAAAAGAAGAUGAAUUAAUUUCAUAGUUUAAAUAACCCUAAGAUUAAAAUUUUUAAGAUCUUUUAAAUGAAAUGGAUAACUUAAAAUAAUAAAAUAUCUAUCUUUAAUAAUUAGUUAUUAAUACUCAAAGUAAAAUAAAAAGUUAAUAAACAAAAGAAAGCAUAUAGGAGAAUCCCUUAAAUGAUAUAGAUAAAUAAGAUUUAGAAUAAAAAAAUUAAAUUUUAGCAAAUUAAGUUGAGGAAUUGAAAAAAUAGAAUGAAAAGUAAUAUUGUAAUAUUAUAAAUUAGUAUUCUUGUAUAAAUGAAUAAAGCCCUUAGUGGAGAUGAUAAAACAUAAUAAAUUUCUGAAUUGAUUGAGAAAAAUAAUCUUUUAAGUUUAACUAAUGGUAAGCUUCUUAUUGAUUUAGAAGCCAAUCAAAAGGAACUAUUAAAAUAUUAUUAAUAACCAUAAAAAUAGGAUGAUAUGAUAAAUAGUUUUGAAAGGUCUGAAAAAUAUUAAAAUGAAAAAUAGAGAAGUUUUGAUUUAUAAAAUUAAGUUGAACUAUUAGUAUAAUAAUUAGAUUUUUGGAAAUAAAAAUAUUAAUAAGUUUUGAAUGAUUUUAGUCAAUAACAUUCACCUAAUAGUUUAUAAAAUUAGGUUGCUGAAUAAGUAUCUCAAAUUCAUCAAUAAGAAGAAGCACUUUUUAUACUAUAAUAGACUACUGAUCAAGUUAAAAUUCAAAAUGAAGCUAAAAUAAAUUAACUUUAAUUAGAAAUAGAGAUUAUGAAAAACGAAAAUGAGAAUAUAUAGAAAAAGUUAACUGAAGAAUAAAAUAUUUUCGAAUAGCUAAGUCAAUAGAAACGCUUAUAGUAAGAAAAUAAUGAAAAAUAGAUUAAAUUUUGGAAAGUUAAAUAUGAAGAAACUUUGAAAAAUACAAUUGAAAAUCAUGAGGGAAUUUAAGCAAUAUUGUCUUAAGAUGAGGAAGCAUUUGCAAAAUUAAAUAUUGAUUAAAAUUUAAAUUAGUUUAAUUUAAAUUCCGAACUUAUAGAUAGGUUAAGAGUAGAAAAUUAAAAAUUUUAAAGUGAAAUUGUAUUUUAUAAAAAAAGAGUACUAGAAUUAGAAUAACAAUAACAGAAGAUAGAACCAAGCUAACAAGAUACAAUAUAGUCAAGACAAUAUUAAAUUACUUAGUUAGAAAGAGAUUUAUAAAAAGCAAUAUAAAACUAAGAAUAUUGGUAAGUAAAAUAUAAUGAUGCUGUUAAAUAAAAUAUUGAAAAAGAAAUUGGUUUGAAAGGAGAUACUUAAAAUUCAGUAAGUUUUUGGAAAUAAAAAUAUGAUUAAUCAGAAAAAAGUAGAUAAGAGCUAAUAUAAAAACUAAUUGAAAAAGAUGAGCAAUUAGAAUAUAAUAUGUAAUCUUUUUAAUCAAUGCUUAAAGAUGAAUUAAAAGAGGAAUUAACAAAAAUUAGAUUGUAAGAAAGAUAAAUAAUACAGAAAUAAUAGUUAGAUGAGAAACCUAAAAAUGAAAUAAAUUUAAUUGAAAAAUUAAAGUAAUAACAUGAGAUUGAAAAAUAAUAAUUAAUAUAAGAAUUCUUAAGAAGAAUAGAUUAAUUAUUAAUUAGUAAUGUACAGAAAUAUCCUGAUUCUGAAAAUUGGAAAGAAUUGAUUCUUAAAUAUGAAAAAUAACGUUAAAAUGAACUCUAUGAAUUAAAAUAGUAAUUACAGAUUUUAUAAAGAUCAUAAAUAUAAACUUAAGAUAUUGAAUUUUAUGCUGAAAGAAGAGCUUAUGAGAAUACAAUUAAUGAACUCAAAAACAGAAUUUAAAAUAGUGAUUAAUAAGAGCUUUUUGAUACUAUAGAAUAUUAAAGAAAAGUAAUUUAAGGUCUUGAAGAUUAGAUAUCUCUAUUAUAGAAUGAAAAAUUGCAAUUAAAUAGGCAUAUUUAAGAAUAAAGCUAAGAAAUCGAUAUGUUGAGAGAUAACAUUUAAAAAUAUUAAAUUCAAUCUGAUAAUAGAAAAAAAUAACGACUAGAAGUAAUGGAAGCCAUUUCUGAAAUGAAGAGAGAUAGAACUAUAGAAAGAGAUUCUCAGAAAUCUCCUUAUAAAUCAGUAAGACCAAGCUAAAAUAGAUAAUCUUGGAAUAUAUAUCCUCGCGAAUAUUUGAGACCAUCUAACAUAACUUAAUAGUAUUCCUAAAUUAAAGAACAUCAGUCUCCUAUAUAAAGAAUCCCUUAUCAAUCAACAUAAUUCCUAUCUCCUUAAUAAGAGAAUUUAGAAAUACCAGCUAAAUUAUAAGAGCUAGAUGAAAUUAAGUAUAAAUACUAAAAGGCAUAUAAUACUAUUCUAAAAUUAGAAACUUAAGUUGUAGAAAAGUUAUAAUAAGAUGAUAUUAUUAUUCAAUGA